ACUCUCCCUUCACACAAACUUUAUUACAGUUGUUGUAACUAAGCAAGAAUAUUAUUAGGCAAUGAAGUCUUCUGGACCUUCAACAACUCUUGCUCUUUUUUUAACCAUCAAUUUGCUUGUCUUUGUCAUGGCAAGUGGCUGCUACACUUGCACACAGCCUAAGCCAAACCCUAGCCCUAACCCAUUCCCUUACCCUAACCCCAGCCCUACCGCAAAGAGCUGCCCCAGGGACGCACUUAAGCUGGGUGUGUGCGCAAACGUGCUUAAUGGACCAAUUGGUGCGAUUGUGGGGUCACCACCGGACCACCCAUGUUGCUCAGUGCUAGAAGGGCUUCUUGACCUUGAAGUUGCGGUUUGCCUCUGCACUGCCAUCAAAGCUAACAUUCUUGGCAUUAACCUUAACAUCCCCAUUUCACUUAGCUUGAUCCUUAACGCCUGCGAGAAGUCUCCACCCUCUGACUUCCUAUGCAACUAGACAUUAUUAAGCAUGCCAUUCUCAAUUAUCCAUGCACUACUUAAUCUCAUUGAUGUGUUUGUUUAUUUGUGAUUUUGGUUGCCCUUUAUGUUGUGGUGAUGAUCGUGUUGUUCGGACCGUGCUAACUCAUUUAGUGAGAAUGCAGUUGUAGCCGUAAUUUAACUUCUGGUGUUAGUAAUGACUUUCUAAUUUUUGAAAUUUGAGGAAUUGUUCUAUGUUGUGUUAAGUUGUUAA